CAGGAUCCACGGGCCUGGCGAGUCGCACAAGGAACCGAGAUGGCGGCGGCGGCGGCGCUGAGGCGAGGGGCGGCUGGCUGGGCCCGGCGCCGCUUCUUGGGAGGACUGUGGCAGGCGCGGCGAGGCUGCGCCGGAGCUCCGCUGGAUGAUACGGUUAAUGGGCUGAGCGAGGAGCAGCAGCAGCUUCGGCAAACUAUGUUCAAAUUCUGUCAGGAGCACUUGGCUCCAAAGGCCCAAGAAAUUGAUCAGCAGAAUGAAUUUGAAGGCAUGAGGGCAUUCUGGAGGAAGUUGGGUGAUCUAGGUGUUCUAGGAAUAACUGCUCCAGCUGAAUAUGGUGGCUCUGCAAUGGGAUACCUGGACCAUGUGUUGGUGAUGGAAGAGAUUUCUCGGGCUUCCGCAGCUGUUGGGCUGAGCUAUGGCGCCCACUCUAACCUCUGCAUCAAUCAGAUGGUGAGGAACGGCAACGAAGCACAGAAAGAGAAGUACUUGCCCAAGUUGAUCAGCGGGGAGCAUAUUGGAGCACUAGCAAUGAGUGAAUCCAAUGCUGGUUCUGACGUUGUCUCUAUGAAGCUGAGGGCAGACAGAAAAGGAGAUUAUUUUGUUUUGAACGGGAACAAAUUUUGGAUUACCAAUGGUCCAGAUGCUGACGUCCUAAUUGUUUAUGCUAAAACAGAUCCAAGUGCUGUUCCAGCUUCUCAAGGGAUAACAGCAUUCAUUGUGGAGAAGGGUACACCUGGUUUCAGCACCGCACAAAAGCUUGAUAAACUGGGAAUGAGAGGGUCAAAUACCUGUGAAUUGGUCUUUGAGGACUGCAAGAUUCCUGCUGCGAAUGUCUUGGGGCAACUGAGUAAAGGAGUCUAUGUGUUGAUGAGUGGCUUGGAUCUGGAGAGACUUGUGUUGUCUGGUGGACCCUUGGGGAUCAUGCAGGCUGUCCUGGACCAUGCACUCCCAUAUUUACAUGUGAGGGAAGCUUUUGGGCAGAAAAUUGGCCAUUUUCAGCUCAUGCAGGGUAAAAUGGCUGAUAUGUACACACGGCUGAUGGCUUGUCGACAGUAUGUGUACAAUGUCGCAAAGGCCUGUGAUCGAGGACACUGCAAUGCAAAGGACUGUGCAGGAGUGAUUCUCUACUCUGCGGAAUGUGCUACACAGGUCGCUUUGGAUGGAAUUCAGUGUCUGGGUGGAAACGGCUACAUCAAUGACUACCCCAUGGGUCGCUUUCUGCGCGAUGCCAAACUGUAUGAAAUAGGCGCAGGAACCAGCGAGGUGCGGAGAAUCAUCAUAGGCCGGUCGUUUAACGCUGCCUUUAAGUAGCGCUGUCGUUCGAGGAGAAUCACACUUCAAACCGAGAGGCCUUUUAUUUCUAAGACUGUAAAGCGCACAAGCAUUUUUCCGCUCCCGCUACCAGAAUGAUCACCUCCACUUAUCUCUCGACCUUCUGUUCUCAAUGCAAACCCAACUAGAUUCCCUAAGCACAUGCGAUUGCAUUACAAUUACAGUGGAAUACAGUAGGAAGCUCAAGUGGCAUAUGUGGAUAUCUGCCAACAUGGCUUGCUUAGAAAGGGAGAAAUUUUGUACACUUUAAAAAAGAUUAUCAGUUUUGUGAACUAUUGAAGUAGAUUUUUCUCUCUCCAGAACGCGGUGUUUUUAGUGAAUGGGAUUAGCAACAUGGUGUUCUGUUGCAUCACACCUCCAGAAUGCUGGGGUUCUUUUGCAUUUCAUGGGAUCAGCCACCCAAGCAGCAUUAAGGCUGCUGCUGAAACAUUGGUAACAUGGGAGGCAUGCAUUUUUGUUUGUUCCUAUCCUCUCUUGCUGCUUACUGAGGUAUAUUAAUACCCUGCGAAGCCUUCAUUCAUUUGAUGGACUGCCACCUCAUGCUUGAUUCAUGCGGUGAUGUCACCACCUAUCAUUCUGGAAGCAGUUAAAAUGUCAAAACACUACAAUGUGCCGGCCGAGAGUGAAUUGGGGAGGAGGCGGAGGAGGCAACUUGACUGGGGAAUGUUAGGUGCUUUUGCAAAGCUUCCCCUUGGUGAACAUGGCUGCAUGUACACUUUGCUCUGCCUACUAGAAGAAACGAAAGCUCAGCUGAUGGAUAAGACGGGGUGGGAUCUAGCGGUGCUUUACACACCAUCAUAUGAGGACUGAAAGGUUUUUGGUUUUUACUGGGUGGUAAACAGCGUGACACAAUUUCCAAAGAUGUUAAAGUCCAGGCAAAAACAGAAGUUGACUAAGAUUUAAAAUGGUUGUCGGUGGCUGGAUUAUUGUCUUCACUUUCAUUGAGUUCUCUCUCUGGGCAGUACCUUACCAUGAACUUUUAGGCUGAUCCUGCACUGUCCACAUAAAGGAUGGAAAGGGAGGCAAGAUCAUGAAAACCAGCAGCUUCCAGCACUUGGGCUCUAUUCAUCUUAGACUAGUUCAUGAAGGGAUUGGCAUGGCUUGAAUGUAACGGAGAACCAGUAUGCUAGAACACACAAGGUUUAUGUUGGUAAGCUGAUCGUAAUAAUUCAGUCUUCCUCAUACAAUGCAUUAAAUUUUCUAACGAGAGGGGGUCCUUUCACGGCAAGCAGAUGUCCUUGCAUCAGUCAGACUUCCUUUUAUUUUCCAGUUUUAUAUACCACUUUUCACCCAAGUGAUUUUGAAGUGGGUCACAUAGGUUAUUAUGUGCCAGAAACAGCAAACAGGACCAGGCACUGUGGGACAGAAAACAUCAACCCCACAAACAUCUAAAGCUCAAAUAAAUUGUGGAAGCCCUUCAGAUCUGAUGGGGUCAUGGGGAAUCUUGAUUAGUAAUUGGUAACCCGGUCAACUUUUUUCAGACCCAAGACACAUCUUUAAAUCCCAUAUGCGCAACGUAGGAUUGACUUAAAAGCUUUUACUGUUUAUGUACAACUUUCCCCUUUCUUCUUAAUAAACUUUUUUAAAAAAGGAGGUGGUGACAGCACUUGAUGGUUGAACUGGACCUUGAAGGUGGAAAUCAUGACAAUCUCGUUGACCAUUCAGAAUGAGAAUAGCCUUGGAGCAUAGCAUAUUUGGUCUUCAGUGUUAUUUAAGUCUCACAGAGACUCUGAAGACACCACCUUUCAUUUUAUAAGAUAAGUGGUGGAUGGACAAAAGUUGGCAGCAUUGCACACUGUCAAACAAAUUGUCCAUCUCUCAGCAUACAUGUCCCAUAAAAAUUCAUGGAAUCUUUGCAUCUCUCAAUCACAUUAGAUUCUGCAGCCUUCUGCCUCAUUUUCAGAAAGUAUCUGUUAAAGGGCAGUUAUUGGAAGAGAGACACAGAUAGAGGAAGUGUUUCUAAAGAGCAGGGAAAUGUUGCUUUUUACCCAUUUUGAAAUCUGAAUUGAAGCAGGAUUGUUUAUACAUCAUCAAAUGUGGUAGCGGGUUACAGCUUUAUCACCCAACUUUGUCCAAAGCUCCAUUGAAGUGAGUGUAAGAGUUGAAUAAUACAAAGGAACGGACUCAACUCGGGAGGUUGUGGUCUCUCCUUCACUGGAGGUUUUUGAGCAGAGGUUGGAUGGCCACCUGUCAUGGAUGCUUUAGUUGAGAUUCCUGUAUUGCAAAGGGUUGGACUAGAUGAUCCUUGGGGUCCUUUCCAAGUCUACAGUUCUAUGAUCCUUAACACUCUGACUUCUAAAUUUGCUGCCUGGCGCUUGGGUGAGCUUCUUCACAGAAGUGUUAAGAUGGAAUCCGUAAUUCUUCUGGGAGAUUGCUAAUAAAACUCUGGAUGUAUCCAUAAGUCAAUGUGAUUGAAUGUAUUGAGUGGUUUAUUCAAAGGGUUCUUUCCAAUGUAAUGUGAAACAUGGAGAAAUUGCUGACUAACGGAUGGCUUUGUUGAAUGCAUUAAUGUUGAUUAAACUAUUGCAGUACAAACGAA